AUGCUUGCUUCGCUCAAACCGUCCGACCUUGACGUACUCCCAUCGUCGCUCCCGAGCCUCGCGCACAUCAAAUCGAAGCGCGUCAAAGAACUCGAGUGUCUUCGCCGCCAAGUGUACAUCCUUCAAGGCCACAUUGAGAAGCUCAAGCGCUGCCACUCGACGCAGCUGUCGUGGGAGGAUGUGGCCCAUGCGCUCAAGGACGACACGCUGGACCAAGUCCGCGACAACCGGUCGCUCAAGAUGCAACUUGCGCACAACAAGCGCCUCGGCGUCUUCCUCAAGGCGUGGAUGGAGGCAACGCCGCCACCCGCACUGCAGCCACCGCAGCUCGAGACGUGGCGCCACUCGCAGCUCGUGUGCGGUGACGACACUGCGCGAGCGAUCGGGUACGAGUGGAUUGCGCGCCAGGCGUACCACAACACGACCGCGGCCAUGGCCCAGAUUGCCUUUCCAGCCAACGACACCGACGACUUUGUGGAUGUAGCCGUCGACUUGGACGACGAGGACCGCCUCGAUGCUGUUCACGAUGCGUUUUGGGUGGCUGAAAAGUCGUUUGCGGCUGCGUUCCGAGACAAAUCGACGCAGCUCACCGACCUCUCGGCGCCGACGAAGGACAUUUUGUACGUGCGUGAGAACCUCGGGACGCCGACGCAGCGUAUCUUCAACAAGUCGCUCCAAGCCCGCUUCCAGUCCCCGGGAUCGGUCACGUUCGUACUCCGCUCGAUUCUGAGAGAUGACAUGUUCCUCGACGACAACGCCGACGACGCGUGGGCGUUCAACACCAAGUUUUGGAUGGUCGCGGACGCACUUGCGAAUGGCAACACGCGCUGCCGAACGUUCUACACGCUUGAGCACCCGUGCACGCACAACGGCGGGUACGUCUCGCUCGACGAACUCGCGCGCUGUGUCGGCCUUGGCGGCUCGACCGAGGCGUCGCUGCUCUCCGUGCUAAAAGAACGCUUCCUCAACAGCCACCACGCCCAGCGGCGGUUCUUUGCCGAGCACUUUCGCCGGGUCUUGGGCGCGCUUGCAACGAGAAUCGACGACGAUGGCGUCGUGCAAGUGUAA